AUGGCGUGCGCGAGCCAUCCAUCGCUGGCACAGUGCACAAGGGCCAUCUCGAAGUGUGGAGGCCAGCGUUGGCAGGAAGCCUUCCUGCUGUUGAACGACCUCCUCCAAGGAUUGGUGUUGCAAGCCAACGUCAUCACCUUCACCGCGGUAAUUGGGGCAUGCGCUCAAGCCGCCCAGUGGAAGAAGGCUGUCGGCAUCCUUGAUGCCAUUCAUGACCAGUCGUUGCAGCCAAACUUGAUCACGUGCAACUCGUGCAUCAAUGCUUGUGAUCGGGCCAUGAAGUGGGGACCGGUCGUCGACCUCCUCACUACGGUAGCUGCCGUAGCUCAGAAGCCAAACGUUAUCACAUGCAGCUCAGCCAUGAGUGCAUGUGGGAGGUGCCAGGGGUGGAGGCAGGCAUCAGCUUUGCUUCAGCUGGCCAGCUGCGAAGUGGAUGUUGUUCUGUACGGCUCAGCCAUCUCCGCUUUUGCCGCUGUGGAGGAUUGGAGCUGCGCCCUUUUGCUGCUACGACAGAUGCCAACGCAGCGAGUGGGGUCCAAUGUCAUCGUACUAAACGCCGCCUUGACCGCUUGCGAGAAGGCAGGGUGGUCGUGGGCUCUACAGCUGAUGAACGUGCUUCAGGAAGGCUUGAGACCAGAUCUGAUCACCUGCAACGUGUUCAUGGCAGCCUGCGGAUAUGCCUCCCUGUGGCAGCGGCCCAUCGCAAUCUUGAAGGAGAUCAGGACAGAUGCCAUCUCCCACAACUGUGCGAUCAAAGCUUGUGACAUAGUGGCAAAGUGGCCACAUGCACUGGCACUUUUGGCUGGGUUGCCCAAGGAGGUGCUUGCAGAUGCAGUCACGUACAGUGCAACCAUUAGCGCCUGUCAGAAAUCCAGCAAAUGGCAAAGCGUGUUCAGCAUUUUGGACAUCGAGCGUGGGUGGCGGCCAGUAGGGACAACUUGCAACAGCGUGCUUGCUGGCUGCGCGAAUGCAGCCAGAUGGCGAGAAGCCGUGUCCUUCUUCACCGAUAUCGUUUCAGCCCGCCUACAGCCAGAUGUCGUCAGUUACAAUUGCAAGAUCACUGCCUACGAGAACGCCCUCGAGUGGCAGAAGCCUUUGCUACUUCUAUCAGAGAUUUUCGUGAGGAGGCUGCAGCCGACCACGAUAUCUUACAACUCGGUCAUCAGUGCCUGCGAUGGUUUGGGGGAGUGGAUGCAGGCCAUGCGCAUGAUUCGCAGCGCAUCCGGGCAAACGGUGGAGUCAAAUUUGAUCACCUAUAGCGCAGCAAUGAGCACCUUCGCAACGGCCAAGAGGUGGCUAGAAGCCACAUUCCUGCUUGACACAUGUGAGAUGCUGGAUGUCAUCGCAUGCAACGUGUUCUUGAAUGCUUGUGAGAAGGCUGGCCAGUGGAUGCUUUCGCUAGCUUUGCUGUCCGAGCUGCAUGAGGGCGAAAAGGGCUUUCUCUCCGAUUCGAUGGAUGCGGUGUCUUACAAUUCCACCAUCAGUGCCUGUGGCCAGGCAGCACAGUGGGAACAGGCUCUAUUCCUCCUUUCCAAUAUGCUCUCGCAGACCUUACAGCCAAGUUUGAUCACAUAUAACUCGACCUUUGCGGCGCUGGCAUCGGCAGAUUCCGAAUUGCACACAGCUAAGCCGAAAUCUGGCAAGGCUUCCUUGUGGCAGCAAGUGUUGGAGCUCUUGCUUCAGAUUCGUAUCAAUCGUCUGCAUGCCAACAUGCUUACAUGCAAUUCGGCAAUCCGUGUAUGUCACGCAUCGGGCCAGCACCUGUUCACAGUUAGUCUGCUGGGUCAGGUGAGGGCAAGUAUCUGGUUCCAGAAUGUUGAUCAGCAUUACGGUAAAGUAGGCGCUGCAGGAACCGGUGGAGCCGGCAACGGAUAUGGGACUCACAAUGCUUGCAAAGCGCUUGGUUACACGUCACCGCAGGCGGCCUUGAUCAAGCGAACCACUCAACCACUCGCUGCAAAGUACAAGUCGGAGGCACCACGAACACAACAUCGCUACCUUUUCAUUGUUGGCAACGUCGCCAGCUACAAGUCCUUCGUAGAUGUUCUUCACAACGUAAUGGGCAUACAGGACCAGCGGAUCAAGUCUGCCAAGGAGAGACGGGAAGACGGGCUCGAGUUGUACAAGCGAGGCGAUCUAAUUUCAGCGGAUGAAGCCUUUGGCGAAGCCAUCCAGUUCCUCGAGCGACCCGGACGAGGAGAUCGACCGAGGUCUGUGACAGGGGCUGAGCACGAGGAGCAGCUUUUGGCAGACUGCUAUUCCAACCGAGCUCAGUGCAUCCUUGACAUGGCACAGGGUAAAGGUGUUCUUCCAGAUGGAACUGCAUUCGUGUCGCAGUUCGAGGAGGAGGAGCACUUCGAAUAUUUCAAAAGGCAGGCGCUGAAGCAGGCUGAAGAGAGUGCAGAAAAGGCCUGUUUAGUUUGGUGUGACGAUAAAAGCCUGUUCCGACUGGGCGUCGCCCGGAUGUUGACGGCUCAGUUUGCUCGAAUCGAGGCCAUGUGGAUGAUGCCUGAAGACAACAACGAAGUAAUGAAAGAUGCUGGCAGGUGCUUUCUAAAAGCACUGAAAGCCCGACCUUCUGCUGCCAGCCAGCAAAAGCUCGAUGAAGUGAAAAGAUGGCUCGCUGAGCGGAACGUGACGACGCUUUAUCCAGAGUACGUUUGA